AUGCAGGUGAUCGAGGACAGUGCGGCGCUCUUUCGCCGGUGCGGGGUCUCGAUCGGGUUCCGCACACUGGCGGAGGAAGUGCUCUCUCCGCUGCAGAAGAGCGGACAGAUCCGCAGCGAGAACCUGCACGCCAACCGCUACACCCUCGCCGGCAGCCCCGCCUCCGCUGCUGCCGCUGCCGCCGCGACCGACGGUGGUGCCGGCAAGGCCCAGAGCAAGGCCAAGGCCAAGGCCAAGGGCAACAAGAAGGACGCGGCGGCGGUGGACGAAGCGGCGUGGCGGCGGGCGCUCGAGGAGUGCCUCGCGCUGGGGUCGCCCGAGGCCCGCAUCUGGCGCAUGGUGGGCGGAGGCUGCGACCAGCCGACGCCGCUCACCGUCGAGGAAGUCGGGAUGCGAACGGUAGAGCCCAUAUUCAAGGGCGCCAUGAUGGAAGCCAAGAAGAACGGCUGGGUGGAGGUGACCAAAGACAAAGCCACAGGGCAAGUGACGGUGCAAGUGACAGCCAAGCACCAGCAGCACAUCACCGAUCGGGUCCAGGACAUUCUGCGAUUUGUAUCUGAGGCCGGAGUCAACGAUGGCGGGGAAGACGCGGUGGUGAAGGCCUUCUCGAAGGAGGAGGUCGCCGCGCUGAAGAAGCGACGCUUCAUCGAGCAGACCUCGUUCACGUUCCAUCGCAUCAGCCGCGGGCCUCGCUUCACCCCCGAGUGGGCCUCGCAGGCCGACGAUCUCACCGCCCAACACAUCGCCAGCGGGUCGUGGGCAGACGUGGAGCUCAAGCGCUAUGACUUUGACCGGCAGGUCAGGCCGGCCGUGGUGGCGGGCGGCUUCCAUCCCAUGUACCGCCUGCAGGCCCUGGCGCGGGCAGCGAUGCUGGAGAUGGGGUACGCGCCGCCCAUUCUUACAUUGGUGGGCGCCGAACUAAACUUUAGAGACAGGUUCGAGGAGCUGCCCCGUGGCACGGGCUACGUCGAAUCGGUCGCGUCGGCGUCGCUCGGCCGCGAAGAGUUUUACGCGGAGGAGGAGCGCGAGGCGACGUUGGGCGUCAAGCAGGCGGCGGUCAUAAUCGCCGAAGAUGGCACGGGCGACGACGCGCUCAUCCUGCGCAACAGCCACUAUUCGCUGUUGGCCCGCGUGCUCUCUUCGAUGAGGCCCGGAGGCGUCGAUGGCUCGCUCAAGCUCUUCGUGGUGGAGCGCGCCUUCGUUCGCCAGGCCAAGACCAAGCGGAAGGACAGGACGGCCCGAGCGGACCCCUCGUCUCCCCGACAGACGCAGCGACGGGUGCUCCGCCGGAAGGCGCAGCAAGCCGAACAGCUCCGCCUGUCGGGCUUUGUCGUCGUGGCCGACGGUGAGCCGACCCUGCCCGAUCUGCUGGGCACCCUGCACACCGUCUGCGCCAAGCUAGGGCUGGAGAGUGACCGGUAUCGGGUGCGGCCGUGCCCGAUCGAGGGUAGCUCAUGCGGAGCCAAGCUCCUCUUUGAGGGAGCCCUCAAGACAGGACAGCCCGCGUUGCACCUGGGCCGGGCCGGGCUUCUCCACCCACUUAUUGUCGCGCGGCUGCUGGUUCCUCGGGAGCCGCAAGCACCGUCACCAUCACCUACAACUCUAAGUGGUGUGAUGUGGUGGGAGUUCUCGCUGGAAGCGCUCGGCGAGGCUCUUGGCCACUCCGCCUCUUCUUCUGUCUUCGAAUGGUUGGGUGCUACCUAA